AGGUCACUAUAAGACUGUUCUUAAGAAGAGAAGUAUCAGGGACCCCUAACAGUACUCCAGAAUCCAGAAGCCCUUAUAUUUUAAACAGAAAACUGAACUUUGCUGAGAAGAGCACUUGCUGACUCCAUGUUUGGUAUGAAAGCAGUUUAUUCUGGAGAAUUCUGGGCAUUUCUUCACAUUCCUAAGCCAUUCAGUAAUAAUUGGACCUUCCACUUGUAAUUUUUAAGUGUCUUCUCUAUAUUAAUCAUUUAAAUAUUAGCCUGAGGGACUCUCGCCAAUACUAAACCUUUUCAGAGAUGAGGAACCUGAGAUUCAUAUGAUGACUGAUCCACCUAUACUCAAGUUAAAAGGUGGCAGGUUAGUGAUGUUGUUUCUCUUUGAUGUAUCUGUCUAUUCCCUUAAAAUUCCUGGGAAGGAACUAUAGUUAUGAUUAUGAAGUACAUAUAAUUAAAAAUAUGGACAUCAAAAUGUCUAGGUACUGGUUGUUUCACAGCAUGUAUCGUGUGAUACCUUUUAUAGUGAAGUAACUGUGUUCAUGAUAUGUGCAUUUCUCUUUGUGCAUGAAAGGCACACAGUGAAGAUCAAUGCUGGGAAGUAACAAACAACUGAUAAUAUGAGGGCCCAGCAAAAGGUGGGUUAUUACAAGACCGUUCUUAAGACCCAUAAACUAGGUUUGCUCUUUGUCUUCAUGUACAGCCCUCUUCCCCAGCACUUUCAUGCCACCCUUCCUUCUCUGGACACUGGUGGUCAUGGACUUGGAGGAACCCGAGUGUCAGUCAGAUGUCCUUGAUGUUUUAGGAAUCAGUGACCUUCAAAGACAUACUCGUAGACUUCACCCAGGAAGAGUGGGCCCUGCUUGAUGCGUCCCAGAGGAGCAUGUACAAAGACGUGAUGCUGGAAAACAUCAGUCAUCUGGUGUCUGUAGGCAGACAAAGUGACUGCAAAAAGGAAGAAAGAAUCCCCACUCAAAAUAUCUUUAGGAAGGCCCUGUCUAUCUGCAAGAUCACACCUGAAACUCACAUUAGAGAGGGCCCUUUUGAAGAUAUUGAAUAUGGGGAUGCUUUCACUCAAAAUCACACGUUAAAUCCACAUAUAUUAAUUCACAAUGGAGAGAAACUCUGUAGAAGUAAUGAAUGUGGAAAGAUUCAUCCUUCGUCUUUCAGUAAACAUAAGCUGAUUUAUACUGGAGAAAAGCCAUAUAGAUGUCACCUGUGUGAAAAAGCCUUUAAAACUUGGUCUAACCUUAUACAGCAUAAAAAGUCUCACAGUAAAGGGAAGCCACCUGAAUACCGUCUAUUUGGGAAAGGCUUGGGUCACAGUUCUGUUCUUAGAAAUGAGAGAAUUCACUCGCGAGAUAAACCCUAUCAGGAUCUUGACUGUGGGAAGGAAUUGUGGCAAAAGAUUCAGCUUUUUAUACAUCAGAGUCCUCACGCUGGAGAGAAACCAUAUGAAUGUCAUAUGUGUAGGAAAGCCUUUACUUGUGGCACUUACCUUAGACGGCAUGAGAGAACCCACACUGGACAGAAAUCAAAUAAGUGCAAUGAGUGUGGAAAACAAUUCACCCAGAGCAAUCAUUUAUAUUCACACCAAAAAUCUCACAGAGAAGAGCAACAUUAUCUCUGUAAUCAGUGUGGGAGAACCUUCAGUAACUCAACGUCCUUCAGUAAACAUAAGCGAAUUCACACUGGAGAGAAACCAUAUGAAUGCCACCUCUGUGGGAAAGCCUUUGUUCAAAGUUGUGGCCUUAAACGACAUCAGAUAACUCACACUGGGGAGAAACCAUACGAAUGCCAUCUAUGUGGAAAAGCCUUUGGUCAACGUUGUGUCCUUAAACGACAUCUGAGAACUCACACUAAAGAGAAACCAUACGAAUGCCAUCUGUGUGGAAAAGCCUUUGGUCGCAGUUCUGUUCUUAGACAGCAUGAGAUGAUUCACUCAAAAGAUAAACCCUAUAAAUGUCACGACUGUGGGAAAGAAUUCUGUCAAAAGAUUCCUCUCUCUAGACAUCAGAGUUCUCAUGCUGGAGAGCGACCGUAUGGAUGUCAGGUAUGUGGAAAAGCUUUUAUCUGCGGCACCUACCUUAGGCAGCAUGAGAAAAUCCACACUGGAGAGAAACCAUUUGAAUGCCAUGUAUGCGGAAAAGCCUUUACCCUUGGUACUUACCUUAGGCAACAUGAGAGAACCCACACUGGAAAGAAACCAUACGAAUGUCACGAAUGUGGGAAAUCCUUUGGUCGGAGUAACGACCUUAAACGACAUCAGAAAUCUCACACCGGAGAGAAACCAUAUAAAUGCCAUCUAUGUGGAAAAGGCUUUGGUCGAAGGUCUGUCCUUAGACUUCAUGAGAUAAUUCACACAGGAGUAAAACCUCAUAAAUGUCAUGUCUGUGGGAAAGGAUUCUUUCAAAAAGGUCAGCUUUCUAUACAUGAAAGAAUUCAUACUGGAGAGAAACUGUAUAAGUGCAACCAGUGUGGAGAGCGGUUCACCAAAAGGAAUUACUUAUAUUCACACCAAAGAAUUCACACAGGAGAAAAACCUUUUGUCUGUAACCAGUGUGGUAGAACUUUCAGUAACUCAGCAUCCUUCAGUCAGCAUAAGCGAAUUCACACCGGAGAGAAGCCAUAUGAAUGUCAUGUAUGUGGGAAAGCCUUUGCCCAUAGCACUCACCUUAGCCAACAUGAGAAAUCUCACAUUGGGAAGAAAUCAUAUGCUUCUCAGCUGUGUGAAAAGGCCUUUAAAAUUGCUCUAACCUUGGAAAGCACUAAAUAAUUCACACUGUUACAAGCCUUAUGAAGGUUAUCUGUAUGGGAAAACCUUGGGUCAGUUCUCUGAUCUUAGACUAUAUGAGAGAAUUCACAUUUGAGAGGACCCUAUGUAUCCAAAUAAUGUGGAAAACAGUACAACCAGAGUGGUCAGGUUUCUUUAUACCAAAAAGAUCACAUGGGAGAGAAAACAUCAAUGUUGUCAGCAUUGUAAAGCCUUUAGUGAAUGUUCUGACCUAGAUAACAUGAGCGAACUCGGAUUUCAUAAAUGGAAUGAAUGUGGAGGAUCCUUAGCUACAGCUCUAGCAAUAACCAACCUAGAGACCCACACAGUGGGAAAAUUCUAGGGCCCCAGUCAAUUUGAAAAUGCUUCAUUUAUCACUUCUUUUUAAAGAGCAGGGGAGAAUUUCACCUGAAGAAACUCUGUUGUAUAAUCACUAUGGAGGACACUUUAGCUGUGCUGUACUCCUAGUGUGCACAAGAAACUCAGAGUAGGAAUUACACCUCCCAAGUAGAAAUUAUAUAGGAAAGUCACUCUCAGUAUGAGUCUCUGACACUGGGCUUGAAAAAGCUAAAUCCCUAGAAGCGGUUUUUCUGGCUCAAUGCUAAAUGCACAGGGAGUUUUGUCAGACAUUGUCCAAUGUUUCCCCAGGGCUACUGUCUUGAUCUACAUUCCCCACCAGGAAUGGAAGAGUCUUUCCUCACAGCCAGGCCAGUUGACAGUUCGGUAAAGCUUUUGAAAAGUUUUGUGACAAUUUGAGAGUUUGAGUGACAUCUCAUUAUAGCUUUGAUAUGCAUUUCUCUCACUAUGAAUGGAAUUGUGAUCUUUCCUGUAAAGACCAUUAUUUCACUAUGUUGAUUGUUUUGAUUACCAAUUUUGCAAUACAGUAGUAUCUUUCAAAUUUUAUUUGUAUUUUCACUUUGUUUAUGGUUUUUGGCCUAGAAAAAGUUUCUUUUUAAAAAAUUGUUAUGCAGUAGUUUAUCAAUGUGUUCUUUUAUUGCAUUCGAAUUUUUGGAGCAUGGUUAAAAGUGUUUAUCCUCAUGUUAUGGAAUCCCCAUUUUCUUCUAGUUUUUGUAGGUUUUUAUUUCUGUAUUUAAAUCUCUGAUUCAUAAGGAGUUCAUUUGGUGAAAGGAGUGAGAUACGAAUCUACUUCUUGUAUUUCCAAAUGACUAUCUAGUUUCCCCAACUUAAUUUAAUUAAUUAAUUUAUUUAUUUAUUUUUUGGAGUCUCACCCUGUCGCCCAGGAUGAAGU